AUGGCGGAACUGGGGAAGAAGUACUGCGUGUACUGCCUGGCCGAGGUGAGCUCUUUACGCUUCCGCUGCACCGAGUGCGCCGACAUCGAACUCUGCCCCGACUGCUUCUCGGCGGGCGCCGAGAUCGGCCCGCAUCGCCGAUGGCACGGCUACCAGCUUGUCGACGGCGGUCGUUUCACCCUCUGGGGCGCCGAGGCCGAGGGCGGCUGGAGCAGCCGGGAGGAGCAGCUGCUGCUGGACGCCAUCGAGCAGUUCGGCUUCGGCAACUGGGAGGACAUGGCUGCUCAUGUCGGAGCAUCCCGAACGCCUCAGGAGGUGAUGGAACACUACGUGAGCAUGUACAUCCAUGGCAACCUGGGAAAAGCCUGCAUCCCUGACACUAUUCCCAACAGAGUGACGGAUCACACCUGCCCCAGCGGCGGCCCGCUCUCUCCUAGCUUGACCACGCCGCUGCCACCCUUGGACAUCUCGGUGGCUGAGCAGCAGCAGCUGGGGUACAUGCCGCUGCGGGACGACUACGAGAUCGAGUACGAUCAGGAUGCAGAGACUCUGAUCAGCGGCCUGUCGGUGAACUACGACGAUGACGACGUGGAAAUAGAGCUGAAGAGAGCUCACGUGGACAUGUACGUGAGGAAACUCAAGGAGAGGCAGCGGCGGAAGAACAUCGCGCGAGACUACAACCUGGUACCGGCCUUUCUGGGCAAGGAUAAAAAGGACAAGGAGAAAGCGCCCAAACGAAAGAUCACGAAAGAAGAGAAGGAGCUGAGGCUGAAACUGAGGCCUCUGUACCAGUUCAUGUCUUGUAAGGAGUUUGAAGACUUCUUCGAGAACAUGCACAAGGAGAGGAUACUUCGGGCAAAGAUUCGGGAGCUGCAGCGGUACCGUCGAAAUGGAAUCACCAAAAUGGAAGAGUCAGCAGAGUAUGAGGCAGCCAGGCACAAACGGGAGAAGAGGAAGGAGAACAAAAACAUAGCUAGCUCCAAGAGAGGGAAGGAAGAUGGUAAAGAAGGUGAAUUUGCUGCCAUUGAAAACCUGCCUGGCUUUGAACUUUUAUCAGACAGGGAAAAGGUGCUGUGCAGCUCUCUAAAUUUGAGUCCUGCACGUUAUGUGACUGUAAAAACCAUUAUCAUUAAAGACCAUCUCCAAAAAAGACAAGGAAUCCCUUCCAAGAGUCGCCUUCCCAGUUACUUGGAUAAGGUACUGAAGAAAAGGAUUUUAAACUUUCUAACAGAAAGUGGUUGGAUAUCCAGGGAUGCUUCCUGA